AUGAAACAUCUUCUUCCCCUCUUCUCUUCCAUCCUGGCCAUCUAUUGCUUCUGCAUGUUACAGAUCCCCUCUUCAGGAUUUCCCCAACCCUUAGCUGAUCCUCCGGAUGGCUUGGAUAUUGUGUGGCUUAAGGGUGAUCAAGAUGUACGCAAAAGGUUUUUAUUUCACUACUCCAGAACUCAGGAGCCGACACAUCCAGUUAAAACUGGGUUUCCUCCCGUGCACCCUUUAAUGCGUCUGGCUGCAAAGCUCGCCGAUAGAAGGAUGAAAAGAUUCCUGCAGCGCGACUCGGGGGCUGCGGCAGUGGACUUUACCAGGAAGGAUCACGCUGCCACCUUGGGACGAGCAUUCUUCCUUUUCAGGCCAAGGAAUGGAAGAAGCAUUGAAGAUAAUGCCGGGUAG